AUGAAAGACAAAAAUGUAGAAUUUGACAGUUUUAAAAUGGGAGAUUAUAUUCCAAUUGAAAUUGAAUCAAAGAAAAAAUCCUUAUAUUCUGAAGCUUUAUUUAAUAAUCGGUAUUCGUAUUCUAACGGAGGUAAUGAAGAUGGAACGAUCAAGAAUUUGGAAUUCACUACUUUAAAUGGAAAAGUUUCUCUCUUCAUUACAACAGGAAACAAGCUAAAAAUAGUAAACCCUGCAAAAAAAAAUGAGGAAAGUUCGAGUGGACUUGCUUCAUUUAAUUCUAAAAAUUUAAUUACCGCGUCUGCUUUAAGAAAAGAUGGUAGGCUUUGUGGAGUUUCAAUGGAAAGUAAUGAAUGUAUUGCGUUGGAUACAGAAACCAUGACAGUUAUCCGUAGAUUUAAAAAGAGUAAUGAACAAUUCUCGUCAAUUGCCUUUUCAUCUGACAAAAGCAAAGUUAUUUCUGGGACAUUAACGGGUAAAAUUUUGGUUCUAGAAGUUUCUUCUGGUGAUAACAUUUUGACAGUUCCUGCACAUAAUGACGUAAUCAAGAGUAUACUACCACUGGAAGAUAGCUUGUUUAAACAUUUUAAUUUUGAUUCAAACGCAGCAUACACUGUAAAUACUUAUUUUGCGUCUUGUAGUUAUGAUUUUAAUAUCAAAAUCUGGCGUUUUUCAGAAUUCAAACGUAUUGAUGUUGGUAAUAAUGCUACACUCAGCAAAGAUGAUCAAAUAGCUACUAUUAAGACCUUGAAACAUAAUUUCCCCGUCGAAUGUAUCGAUAUUAUUAAUGGAAAUAAAUUAGUUUCAUGUGGAGGUACUUCUAUUAAAAUUUGGGACUUAGAAAAAGCUGAUAUUGACUGUAUUCACAAUAUAACAAACUUUGGUCGAACAAUUACAACCAUUUCUUCUAAUGAAAAUAUAUUUGCUGUUGGGUGUCUGGACCAUAAUGUUUGUAUUUAUAAUUCGAAAACAUAUGAAUUUAUUCGAUCUUUUAAUUAUAACAAAGGAAUUUUAAAAGUUGCAAUAUCAAAUUGCUCGUCAUAUAUUGCAAUUGCUCUUGAAGAUAAUAGUUGGAGUGUAAGAAAAAAAGCUACUUUAGGAAUUGAAGAAGCACCUGGGGUUGACAUUGAUGAAGGAAUUAACGAAUUAAAUAAAGGAUAUAGAACAGGUACGAUAAGAUAUUAUAAGAGAGGCAGAGGAACAAAUGUGAGCGCUUUGGAUAUAGAAGUUAAAAACUGCAAAAAACGUCAAACAAAGCUUGACAGGCUACUAAGAUCAUAUUCUUAUAAAAAGGCAUUAGAUAUUACUCUUGAAAUGAGCUGGUCGCAUUUUAUUUCACUCUUGAAAUCACUUUCAUCAAGAGGAGCUUUGCAUUUAAUUGCGAGAGAUAACGAAUACAACAAAACUAUUAAACUACUGAAAUAUAUUAGUAGAAAUAUGGGAAAGUGUGUUCCUUAUCAAUUUAUGUUGAUUUCAGAAUUAAUAGAGCACAUUCUACAUGAAGGUAAUAUAGUAAAGUUAUUGAAUCAAAAUAAAUCAAUUGAAAAAAAAAAUGAAAUAUUCGAAUGUAUUAAAAAAAUAUCUCAAAAGGUUAGUCUGGAAACAAAACAACAUGCAAUGCUAAAGGAGUUCAAAAGUACUGCUGAAAUCAUUAUUCAAAGUUGCAAAAAAUGCUUAGUUAAUUAG